AUGUCUUCUAGAGACAUUCCUCAUUCAUUCAGAGAAGCCUUCUGUGGCUGGUAUGAAAGAAUCCCAGACGAGUUGGCUUUGACCAAGGCUCAGCGUGAGAGAAACAUUGCCUUGGCUGAACAAGACCAAGAUGAUGAAAGUCGAGAGGCUGUUAGAAAAGUUCAGUUCAAGAACUUGUGGCCUGCUUUCAUCUCUGGUGCUGGUCUUUUUUCUGAUGGUUAUGUGAAUAACUCUAUUUCUGCCGUCACCACUUGUUUGUCUCUCAUCUAUGGUGAAGCUUACACUAACUCCAACGCUAUUUCCAAUGUUGCAGCCAUUGCUUUCGCAGGUACUGUCGUGGGACAGUUAUCUUUUGGUUACAUCUCUGACCAUCUUGCUAGAAAAGGUGGUAUGUUGGCUGCUAACAUUAUCCUUGUCCUCUUUACCCUUCUUUGUGCUGUGGCUACUUGGGGUAAGACUCCUGAGGGUUUGUUUACUGCAUUGACUGUUUUCCGUUUCUUCUUGGGUAUUGGUAUUGGUGCUGAGUAUCCAACUUCUUCGGUGAUUGCUUCAGAAUUUGCUAACCAAUUACCUGCUGGUCACAGAAACAGAUACUUUGUUUGGUUCACAAACUCUUGUAUUGACUUUGGUUACGUAGUUGCUGCCUUCGUGCCAAUGGUUUUGUUGUGGAUCUUCUCUGAUAGCCACCUUGAACCUGUCUGGAGAUUGACCUUGGGUCUUGGUGUGUUCCCUCCUUUCGCCCUUUACUUCAUGAGAAGAAAGAUGAAGAACUCUGAGUCUUACGAGAAGACUAACAUGAAGACUGCUAAGCUGUUCCCAUGGUGGCUUGUUAUCAAGUUUUACUGGUUCAGAUUGACUGUUGUGUCUAUUGUUUGGUUUAUCUACGACUUUUCGGCAUAUUCUUUUGGUCUUUACUCUUCAUACAUCUUGAAGAUCAUUAUCCCAGAUGGUGAUUUGUACAAGACCUUCGGCUGGAACGUUGUCUUCAAUCUUUUCUACCUUCCAGGUACUUUCCUUGGUGGUUUCGCCACUGACUACUUUGGCCCAAGACUCACUAUGGCAGGUGGUCUUAUUGCUCAAGCCAUUGUUGGCUUUGGUAUGACGGCAGGCUAUCAUACCUUGAAACACCAAAUUGGUGGCUUCGUCGUCGUGUACGGUAUCUUCUCUGCUCUUGGUGAGUUUGGUCCUGGUAACAAUGUUGGCUGUUUGGCUUCCAAGACAUCCUCUACCCCUGUGAGAGGUCAGUACUAUGGUAUUGCUGCCGCUCUUGGUAAGAUUGGUGCUUUCGUUGGUACCUACGUUUUCCCAGUCAUCUUGAAGAACAACGGUGGUGCUGACUCCGAUGAGGGUGUCAGAACUGCCUUCUACAUCUCUUCUGGAUUGUGUAUCUUUUCUGCUAUCUUGACUUUGUUCUUCUGUCCAUCUGUUGGUCAGGAGGCCAUUAACGAUGAAGACAGAAAGUUCGUCGAGUACUUGAAAGCCAACGGAUACGACCUUGCUAACUUGGGUAAUGGUACCAUCAGCCAAGAGUACGAGGAAUCUGGAGAGAGCUUCUCUGAUCCUAAGGAGGACGUUAAGGUCGAGGUGGAGCCUCGCGUACGUCAAGCUACAGCUUCUGACUCGUCUUCUAAUGACGAGAAAAGAUUGUAG